AUUAUAUCAUAGUUAGGCACAAUGUCACUCUUAUAUAUCUAACCUCUCAUACCACACACAUCAAAUCCCAUUUAUUCAUCAUCCAAACCAAACCUAUGCUACCAUUUCCAUUUCACCAUGAAGAACACACAAACCAAACAAGAUCAAGAACAAGAACAAACCUUAAUGAUUCCACCAAAAAAACAAAGACACACAUGCAUAACUUGCUUUUGCAUACUCUUGUUACUUUUAUUAAUCUUGGUAACAGUUUCCGUUGUUCUUGCCUUAACCGUUUUCAAGCCUAAACAACCAAAAACAACCAUUUCUUCCGCUACUUUACAAUCAAUAUCACCCCGCGUAUCACUUCCUGCUAUCGACAUACAAAUCAACGCUACUCUCGACAUCAAGAUCCUAGUCGAGAAUCGAAACCACGCUAGCUUUAAACACGAAGAUGGAACUAGUCUUUUGUUGUAUAAAGGGGUUGAAGUUGGAGAUACAGAUGUUUUCCCUGGUUUGAUUCCAGCAAGAAGUUCUACUAUUCUUCCUUGUAGGCUUAUACUUGAAGCUGAUAAGUUGGCUUCUAAUAUGACUGGUUUUAUACAGGAUUUAUUGCGUGGUCAACUUUCUUUGCAAACCGUUACUAGGAUUCCUGGAAAAGUUACUUUUCUUGGGUUUAUCAAGAAACAUAUUGUCGCUGUGUCUAACUGUCAAUUUGUUUUUGGUGUUCCUGAUAUGGAGAUCAAAAGCCAAAUUUGCAAGAAUAAAGCUAAGUUUUGAAUGAAUCUGGAUUGUUUGCAGUCUCAUUGCACGCAGUCAGAAUGAUCAGAUCAGAUUGUCUGGCCUAAUCAGACAGACACUGCGUGCAAUUGUAUAAUAGGUUAUAUGGUAAUUUCAUACUUUACUAAUAUAAAUACUAGUUUUAGAUGUAUCAAUAUAGUUGUAUGCUUAUGCUAGAAUAUUAGAACUUGGUUGUAGUUUUGAAAAUUUUGGGAAUACUAUUUUGAGGAAUAUUUUUUAUAUGUAUUUUGGGCAUAUUUUGACUUGGUGAAUAUUGAAACAUGUUAUGUGAUGGCAUAGAUAGAAAAGAAGAAGACCAUCUUCACUGCAUGAGGAUUAUGAAUCUUGACUUUAUUUCUGUAUUUCAAUAGAUAUUGUUGAAUAUUUUUUUCCUAUAGUGGAAUUAGAUUAUGUUUGGCUUCAAUGAGUA